UUGUAAAUGGCAACCACCCUCUGUUGUCAUUUACGAAACGUUGUUGUGUUUUAAAUAAAUAAAUUUUUAAUAUAGAAAAUGACUUCGAAGACGGACAAGGAUAAGGUGAAGCAAUUGCAAGAUAAGUGCCAAUCGGUUUUGAACGGUUUAUUAAGGGAUGAAGACAAUAAAUAUUGUGUGGAUUGCGAUUCCAAAGGACCUAGAUGGGCAUCUUGGAAUAUAGGCGUAUUUUUGUGUAUAAGAUGUGCAGGUAUACACAGGAACCUGGGUGUUCACAUUUCCAAGGUGAAAUCAGUGAAUCUGGACACUUGGACUCCAGAGCAAGUGGUUUCAUUGCAACAAAUGGGGAACUCUAGGGCACGCGCAGUGUAUGAAGCUAAUCUUCCAGAUAAUUUUAGGCGACCCCAGAGUGACUCCAGCUUGGAGACCUUUAUCCGUGCGAAGUACGAACAUAAAAAAUAUAUAGCAAGAGAAUGGGUGCCACCAGCCUUACCCAAAGUCAAUUGGGAAAAAGAGAUUGAUGAGGAAAUUGAGAAACAGAAGCGUAAGAAAAAGACUAUCGUUGAAAAGAAAUCAUUAGGUAACGUAGAAGUGCCACAGCUGCCCAAACCGAAAAAUCCCAGUCCUAAACCAGCUAGAAGUGUGAACAAUACUAUAGAAAAUAAAGAGAAAAAAGAUGGAGAUUUAUUAGGUUUACAAAAUGGAGAUGACAGUUUCAGUGGGUUUUUAUCUGCUUCAACUGAAGAGAAAAAAGAGGAGAAACCUGCAACUACUGUCGACACUACUAAAAAUGAGGAGGAAAGCUUUUUCAAUCAGACUGUUCCCACGGAAAAAGAAAAAGUCAAAUUGACAAAAGAUAGUAUUUUAGCUUUGUAUGGAAGCAUGCCCUCCACAAACAACUUCAAUCAGUUCCAAGCUCCUACCCAGGUGCAGUAUCCGACAAAUUUCCCAGUACAAACCAGUAUGCCUGCACAACAAGGAAAUUAUCAAGCGUUUGGCGGUUUUCCACAGCCUCCCGUUCAGUCGUAUCUUGUACAAAACGGCAUGCAACAGUUUCCCGCGAAUGCAGGGACGGGUCAGUGGCCCCAGACGCAGACUGCUAUUCCGCCUGCCAAUCCUCAGCCCCAGGUUUGGAAUAAACAAGGACAGUUCCCUGUGCAAAAUCAGGUGCAAUACAUGAACCAAUUUCCCACAUCUCAGGCUCAGUAUCAAAAUGGUCCGGCAACGCAGUUUUCAAAUUUCCAGAGCAAUUCGCAAAUGACGCCUGCAACUAAUCAAUUUGCGCAGUUCCCUGCUCAGUCGCAGCCUUUGUAUAAUCAACCAAAUCCAUUUUUCAACAACCAGACGUCGAGUUUACAGCAGCAGUUGGGUAAUUUAAGUUUGAAUAGUGCUCCUGCGAAUGGAGCGGCCACUUUGACCACAAAUAUAUGGCAGUAAAAUUGUUAAUAAAAAUAUGUCGUUUAA